AAGUGUAGCUAUCAGUCUUUUUUAGUAAUGGCUUCGCAGUUUUCGAUCGCUAUUCUGACGUGCAGUUUGUUGGCGAUCAUCGCCGAGGGACUCGAAUUAUUCAGUAAAACUGAAAGAUCGCUGAACCUUCAAAAGCUGGAAAACUGUAGAGGGACACAUUAUCCUAUGCAAUGGAAUAAUGCGAAGGUUACUUUUGACAAGGCUUCAAAACAAAAAGUGCUCAGUGUUACGCUGCUGGUCAAGGAAGAAAUUUCGACAGGCUUUUGGAUGACAUUUUCGUUUUUAAAAUGUGACACAUCCGGCAACCCUGACAGUUGUGAGUAUAUGUUGAAGGACCAGAAAAUAGAGAAUAUCUGCAAGUACCUUGGAAUGAAAGAUCAGAGUUGGAGUGAGUUUCUAGGUUGUUUUGACAAACAGUUUGUAUGUCCGAUGAAACCGGAUACUUACAAAUGCAGCAACUUAUCAGUAAACGCUAGAUCCUUGAAGAGACUUCCAAUAAAAGAUGCUGUUUGGAAACUACACAUCGGGGGCCACGACAAGGGCAAGAAAAUAUCGUGUGCUGAUGUAGAAAUAAAAGUGGUAACACCCCUGGGUCAAAGCAGAUAAAAGAUAUGUUAUAAAAUUUUCGGACAUUUUGUAAAACUAUUAAAUCCAAUAAAAUUGUUGUUUCUUA